AUGAGCGGACCCGGCAGCAGCCCUAAUGAAAAGGUGGUCAAGCAAAAUGAAGACCCAGGAGAUCCAUUCUCUGAGUUUACCAAUGCCCACGUCCCCGCAGGGAGUCCUGAAACAAGGCUAUUGUCCGCCUUCAAGAACGACACUCACACCAGGAAGGCUUAUCUGGCCGGGAGAGAGUAUUACAGUGAGGAAGGGAAGACCUUUGAACUGCGUCUUGUUCGAAAAAUAAAGCAACAGCGAAGCACUGAUCCCACUUCUCGUCCGGAGUAUCCAUCCUCUCUUGGUUUGACAGAAUUCACCAGGCGAGCCACGGAGGUAGCUUUGGGGAAGAGCUCUCGGGCCAUCAUGGAGGAUCGGGUGUUAGGUGUCCAAACUCCUGGCUUCACUGCUGCCGUGCGUCUUGGGGCUGAACUCCUGAGACACUGGUAUGACGUCUGUGCUGUUUGGAGCGGGCCAGUCUACCUCUCCUCCCCCUGUGAUGACUCAUUGGCUGGUAUCUUCCAGGCAGCAGGGAUCCAAGAUAUCCGUGAUUAUUAUUACUGGGAUGACACACAGCGGAACGUUUGUUUGGAGAAGCUUCUGGAGGAUCUUUCGAAGGCUCCACAGCAAAGUGUUGUUGUUCUGUCAGCAUCUGCCCACUAUCCUACCGGAGCAGACCUCUCUCAGAAUCAAUGGGCUGUGAUUGCAAAUGUCAUCAUGAGGCGGAGGCUUUUCCCCUUUUUCUUGCUGCCUCCUCAGGCGCUCUGCUAUGGAGAUUUAGAGCGGGGUUCCUGGCCUGUUCAUUACUGUGCAUCGCAGGGGAUGGAGCUCCUCUGUGCUCAGUCCUUCUCCCACUGCUUUGGACUAUAUGGUGAGGCUGUCGGGCACCUUCUGUGUGUCUUAAAGCAGAACUCCCUCCUGUUUUCCAUGGAGUCUCAAGCUGUCAAAAUAGUGAGGUCGCUCUGGGCGCAGCCAUCCGUAGGAGGAGCACAUGUUGUUGCUACAGUGCUCAGUAACCCAGGCCAUCUUAUUGAAUGGAAGGAAGAAGUCAAGUGCAUUGUGGAGCGAUGUAUGCUGAUCAGAGAACUUUUGAGAGAAAGGCUGAGGCUUCUGGGGACUCCGGGUUGCUGGGACCAUCUGACUCAGCAAGGUGGACUCUACUGUUUUAUAGGCUUGAAUGGCGAACAGUUAGAAUUUUUGUCCAAGAAGAGACACGUGUAUCUGUUCACCAGUGGCUGUUUAAACGUGAGUGCAAUCAACAGUCGUAACUUGGACUAUAUCGUCGAGUCCAUUCAUCUGGCUGUGACCACUUCAUUCUAA